AGAAACGUCUGUAAUUUUAUAAUAAAGAAAUCGGACAAAAACAUGAUCUAUCAAUAUUUAAUAUUGCAUGCCUAAGUAUAACAAUGGUGUUCAAUACAAACUAUGUCUAAACUACAUUACCGUAAGUGUAUGAUUCUCGCCAUAAGCGCUUCACUGUUAUUAUUGAUUAUUAAUAACUUAUUAUUUUCGUUGCAACCCUAUACGCCUUUGAGAGUUUCAUCAAACAUAAGGGUCUUGGUCUCAGAGUUCAAUUUAAAAACGCAAACGAAUGGAGAAAGAGGCCUUGAAGUCCAAUCAAACAACAGUAUUCCAGAACCGAAGUUUCUCAAGUCAGAGUUAGGGAAAGCUGGCUAUGAUGAUGGAGCCAAACCAUCCUUCUUAAACUUAAGUUUAGAAUUGAAGCUUUCAAAGUCUGCGUCGAAGAAAAUCUCAGAAGCCAGAGUUCAAUCAACACUUCGGAGCGCGAAUUCAGUGCCACACUCUAAGAAAGGGACAUCAGUAAUACCAGCCUGGAGCGUUACAAUGAAGGACUUUGUCAAUUGUUGGAAUGUCUCCACUUAUUUAGUGGGACGUUUCCAACCAAAGUUUACAGAGUUCACUCCAAAGGAACUGGCUUUCAUGUUCCCCUCUCUCCAAGAAGGUGGGGUAUUUACCCCGUCAUCCUGCACCCAGGACCAGAAGGCGGCCAUCCUCAUACCUUACAGGGACCGUUGGAAACAUCUGCACACGCUACUUCCGGUUCUCAUACCGCUGUUGAUGAGACAAAACGUGGCCUUCAGGAUAUUUAUAAUUGAACAGGAGCUACCAGGGGAGUUCAACAAAGGUGCCCUUUUCAACGCUGGUUACCUGGAGGCUCUGAAGGUUGAGGACUUUGACUGCUUCAUCUUUCACGACGUGGACAUGGUCCCAGUGAACGACAGGAACCCCUACAGGUGUGACAGUCAGAACCCAGUUCACCUGGCGGCCUACGUAGACAAGUUUAAGUACGAGCCAUUCUACGACGGGCUGUUCGGAGGUGUGGUCGGAUUCACCAAGUACCAGUACGAACAGGUUAACGGUGCUUCCAACAUGUACUUCGGCUGGGGCGCGGAGGACGAUGAUUUGAGAGAUCGGGUUUUCAAGAAAAAUUUCACAAUCGUUCGGAGACCAGAAGGUUUUUAUAACAUGAUCAAACACAGUCACGGAAAGUCUCAGUGGACUCCCAGUCUCGAGAGGUUUAAAGUGUAUUCUAAACGUUACGAGAGACAAGAUGUUGAUGGACUCAACUCCAUCGUUUACCAUCAGCGUGACUUGAACAUCUUCCCAUUGUAUACCUGGAUAAAAAUUUGGAUCAACACCACGGAAUUAUUAGAGACUGUGCCUAGCUAUCUCAGGGCUGGCUCCAUGGCUGACUUCAAAUAUCUGAGACUGUCAACGAAGACUAAAAGGAAGACAUGAAGGACUUUGAGUGCGCUCCAAGCAAAUAGCAGAAAAUCAUGACAAUUGGCAGCGACAACAGCUGAAAUGUAGCUGAAGAAUAGUGCUUGUCAAACGUUCGCUAAGUUAAAAAUUGCAAGUGUAAAUUUUCUGGGACGAAAAGUUUAAAGCUGGUCGUCAGGAAAGGUUUUUGUCUUUGUCAGUCAUCACAACAUUAGUGAAAGUACUGUCAGUGACAUCUGACAGAGAAAGUGAUGUCAGUACAAAGGAAAGUGUUUGUUGCAGAAGGCAAAGAACUUUGAAGGCAGUAUUCCAUACUGUCCUAAUCUUUGAUUUGUAGUUUUUGGGUAAUUGUCCAUCAAUGUGUAUCAAUGUCUUCCUUUCCUUAUUGGUUCCUUUAGAUUUUUACAAAUUACUGUCAGUCUGUCAUUCUGUCUGUCUGUCUCAUAGGCCCAUUCUCGGAUCAAAUUGAAAUCUCGCAAGAUUAUUUUUUGUACCUGACAAAACCAGAAUCGAUAAAAAGAUAUAACGACUUAGUUAAUCAACUAUUGGUAAUGAAUUAUUUUGUUUGGUAUUGAACAAGGGAAAGAACUUGUACUUGACAGAUGUGUUGGCAUAAAUUGAAUUAGUCCCCUUUAUACCUUGUGUAGAGAAGUUGCUAAAAGAAUUGAACCUACCAAAAGAUAACUAUAACACCUUCUAUUCUCAUAAGCACUUCGCUGGCACAGUGGUUAGUGUAUUGACUUGAAGAGGCUUGAGCCCUCGAGUUCCAAUUUAAAUCGUACAACUUUUUUUCUACUUAAUAAAAUACAUUUAAAAAGCGAUCACAGUUCCCUUCACCCAGACAAUUCCAUUCUUUCUCAGAGCGCCUCGAUUUGUAGCA